AUGGCAUUAACCGAGAGCCUAAAAAUAGUUGAUAAUGCCAUAAAACAAUUGGAACAUGUUCCUAGAGAAAUUAGAGUUUUAACUAAUUCAAAAUUUCAAAAUAUAUUGGAGAAAAAACCAGGAUUUAACGCUAUAACUUCAGACCAAGAUGAUGUGAAAAAUAUUUUCUAUGAACACCUAGAGAGAUUAUUUGACUCACUACCAAACAACUACAUCAAGAUAAUUGCUGGUGACCUGAAUGCGCAGGUUGGUAAAGAACAAUUUUGUAGACCAACAAUAGGCCAAGAAAGUUGGUACCCAGUAUCUAAUGAUAAUAGGUUGAGAUUAGUUGGCUUUGCAAAAUCGAAAAAUCUUAUUAUAAGUAACACCUAUUUCCCUAGAAUGAACAUUCAUAAGUAUACGUGGACUGCCCCAGAUGGUAAAACGAAAAUUCAAAUCAACCAUAUAAUUAUUGACAAACGACACAGAAUAAGCACAAAAGAUACAAUUUGGAGAAAAAAGCAACAACUUAAUACAGCACAUAAACUAGAUAGAAGUAAAUUAAGAAAUCAAAAUGAAAUCAUGGAAUACCAAAAAAGAACAAAGGAAGAAUUGAACUGCUUUAACAUAAUACAAGGAGAAUUGAAUAACGUAACAAAAUGGACCCAAAUAAAGAAAUCAAUAAAUAAAGCAGCAGAAACUCUCCAAACUACUAAGGGAAAAAACGAUAAAACAAACAAUACAGAUGGAAUUUGGGAACCGGCUGACGAUCAAAUAUAUGUUACAGUGAACCCAAAAGUGCCAGAACCUAGUUUGGAGGAAAUAAAAUCAAUAGUGAAAUCACUGAAGAACAACAAAGCUCUCGGAGAGGACAACAUAAACCUUGAGUUACUUAAACUUGCAGGACGGGACUUCUUGGAAAACUUACACAAAACCAUCUCAACUAUAUGGAUGCAAAAAAAAUUAAGAAAGGGUUGA